UUUGGCGAUCAUCCUUAGUCUCGCUACGGUGCGUGGCUUCGUACAGCCAAAUCCAAGAUAAUGCAGCUAAGCAAUAAAAGUGAGUCCCCUCCUGCCGCAAUACCGAUUAUGAAGUAUACUUUUCUGUGCAAGUCGAUCCAUUCAGUGAAUUUCCUCACCUCGACCAUGAUACCACUUAUAACAGGAGGUGGUUUAGAUAUAGAUUCGCCGCGAUUUUAAAUCUGCUGAAAUAGCGCGAUUUUUUUUUAAAAUAUCAUAGUAUGUUCGUGAAAAUUUUGUUAUGUUGUUUCUUACUAAUAGUGCUUGGAGGUGGACUGUUUGUUGAUGGUGCCCCUUAUUCACAAAUAAUGACGGUGCCAACAUCAUCACCAAAAGAAGUACUCUUCACUAACAUAGAAAAAAUCCCACCUGAUUCGUCUUAUCCAGAAAUCACAGAAAAUCUGAUACCAUUUUCCGCUGGAAUAGAACUCUACGCAUCUGCAGAUAAGAGUACUAGUAGUAACACUAUGAGUCAGAAGCCGAUCACUGAAUCACCAGGCAGUACCGAAAGCUCAGUGGAACCUACGAUCAACGCUUCUGUUCAAAGGAUAGCUGAUCCAAACACAAAUGUUACAGUCAGUGAUGCUGAAAUUACGAAUCCAGUGGAAGCUAACAGUACCACUUCAUCACCUCCAAGUACUCCAAAACCAAAGGUUCGUCCAGAUACCCAUAAAGAGAUAGAUGAUAAGUGCCCAGAACUAGACAGUAUUAAAGAUCUGGACUCCUUGACACAAGAUGACUUCACAUCUCUUCUAACAGAUAGCUGCAGAUAUGACAGAUUGGUAAAGCCAAUCACCAAGGAACAUUUGGAUGUUCAUCUUCAAAUCGAUUUGACUCAUAUUGAGUCGGCAGAUCAUUUACAACUGAAGGCUCAUAUUCUCAUACAACUCCUUUACGUAGACCAAAGACUAAAUUACUCAACUAUAUCACCCAAAAGGGGGAAUAUCCUUGGAGAAGAAAUUCUGAGGAAUAAAAUUUGGGUACCACACGUGGUUAUUCAAAAUGAAAGGGACACUGUUUUGAUGGGCAUGAAUAAGAAAGACGUCUUUGUUGAAAUUAGCCCUGCUGGUGAAGUCACUUAUUCUUAUAGGAUAACCACCACCUUCUACUGUUGGAUGAACCUACAGAAAUUUCCCUUUGAUCACCAGAUCUGCGAGAUACGAUGGGUUAGCUGGGCAUACAACAUCAGUAAUUUGCGACUCUCAUGGGAAGGAGGUAAACCUUUCAUCGUGGCACCGAAUCUACAUCUGACCGAGUACGUCUUAGAAGAGAAGUGGUGCGAAACAUCAGUUGUACCACCGGCCUUCGACAGAGGUGGACUUGGUAUGUCUGGCAAUUAUAGCGCAGCAAUUUUCAAAUUCAAGCUACGGAGAGAAGUUGGCUAUUACAUAAUGGACUAUUUUCUGCCAUCUAUCUUACUGGUGUGCAUGUCUUGGGUGACAUUUUGGUUACAAGCAGACGCUUCAGCACCUAGAGUAACAUUGGGAGCCUCAACAAUGUUGUCAUUCAUAACACUGAAUGGAGGUCUAUCCAAAAACUUACCAAAAGUUUCUUACAUCAAAGCCAGCGAAAUCUGGUUUUUAGGAUGUGUGAGUUUCAUAUUUUUCUCGCUUGCAGAGUUUGCUUUUGUAAACGUUAUUUGGAGACGACGGAAGAAAGUUGAGCUAAAGAAGCAAAACAGCAAACAUAUCCUUAAAGGAGCACUCACUCCCAGUUUAGCGAGAAAACAACUGAGAAAAGCCGAAUCUAGUCAUUCUUUGUAUAAGACUAGAUCAUGCUCGAGCCUGGAUAGGGAAAAUGCCAAAAAUACUCAAAUGAAUUAUCUCACAGUUCAUGGCUUCCCUGGGAUGAGUGUCCCGAAGAUAACAACUCAAAGCAACGAUGAUCUGAUUAGCAACAGUAGCAUAGCAACAAUUCCUAUUCCCGAAGAUUCAGUACCUCCUCCUGCUCCUACCUGGACCACAAUGACCCCACAUGAGGUCGCAAUAUGGAUAGAUAAGAAGUCCAGAAUAGUAUUUCCAACUGCAUUUCUGAUAUUCAAUAUGUUGUAUUGGUCCUUUGUAUAUGCUAUCUAAUAUUGUACAUUAAUUUUUGACUUGUAUCUUUUGAAGAAGAAAAACUAUUUCUGAGAAUUUCUUCCCCUUCUUGCAUUUAGUUGAUCGAGCACCAAAGGCAUGACUGAUUGUUAUAUAGAAUGCAUUAGGAAUUGGAUCAAUUCUACUUACACAGCUUAAGUAUCGGAAUACCACGUAUUUUUUUUUCCAAAAAGUUUCAGAGUAUCAGAAAAGCAAUUUGUCGACGAAGUUUGAGGGCAAGUUUGAAAAUUGAAAUGGCAACCACCUUUUUGACAGCAUACUCAUGUCAGGCUUGAGAUUAUACAUAAGAGUGGAUUUUCAUACAUGAGGUUGAAGGUUCAUGAGUGGUCCAAUCACUAUCAGUAUCGUUUGAAAAGUAUACUAACAACUCCAAAAGCUCAUUGGACCACUUAUGGCGCUUAAUCUUAAGUAUGAAAAUGUACUCCGAUGUAAAUUCUUAUGCUCUUCAUGAAUCGGCUGUUGAAAAAUUAUUAUUGCGCUUUGAACUUCUAAAUUUGGCCUCCAAGUAGGAUUUAAGGUCAAUAUUCAGGUCAUAUUUGAGCUCAUCGACAAAUUGCUUUUUUGAUUUCCUGAAAUCCGUCAAAAAAAAAUGUGGUUUCACCAAGUAUUCGGGGCAUUCGGGUAUUUAAUAGACCCUGUACAAUUUGAUCUGAAAUAAGUCUCUAUGUACGUUGGAAAACUUAGGAAGCUGAAUUUUUAUCAUUAUUUUUAACAAUUUGAUUUGAUUUGAUAUCUACCAUUUGCAGAUAAUGAAGAAUACCUGUGUAUGGUUUAUCGAAGGCCUAAGAAAGUUCGAUCAUGUAUCACACUUGUAUCGUAAUCUUGCAUGGUUAUGCGUUCAAAACCUUUUCAAAUACUCCAUUCUCACCUUCACUCACAGGAUCAUAGUAACAUCAUCCCCUCAAUACCUCAGCUGUAAACUUGUCCAAGGGCGUCUGUGCAUAAUCUUCAUGUUCGUAACCGUGACACCUUAACUAUGCCAAUACAUCGCACAACACUUUUUAGACGAACUUUCACAUACAAUGCAAUUUUAUUAAUAUAAAUAAUAAAUAGCUUAAGCCAGGAUCUGAAGACUAUCCAGUCUUCCCGGAGUUUUGAAACUCAGUUAAAAAGAACUUUACAAGAAUUGCAAAACAACCGCUAGCUUAAGAAGUUCUUUCAUUUUCAUACUUUUUUUAUUUUUAAUUAUUAUUUUUCCGUUUCGUCAUAACCUAUUAUCUCUUCUUCUUUGCAUAGCUAAAUUGGCACAAAUCGUCUUAUAAUAUAUAAUAUAAUCUUUGUACUUUCACAUUUUUUUUGUCUUUGUAUUACUGUUUUUUUUUUACUUUUGUACGGGGUUAGAUGGUGGAAUAGCAGGUGCUAUAUCUCGCCCCAUGUAAUGUACCAUUUUUUGGUCAAUAAAGACGAUUAUUAUUAUUAUUAUUUUUAGUAUGAUGUAAAUAUUAUGUACUUAGUGUUGCGCUACAACUAUUCUAGUCUCAUUUGCACAGUUUUCUUAGGUAUGCUUGAAUCUCUAGUGGAAUAUAUAUUUACUUUUAUGUGACGCAUGGCUAGCAUUUUUCCUAUGAUGUUGAGGUUGAGAUUGUCGUAACAAAAUCGUAGCAUUGCUUUAAUUCGCAAAAAAAUCUUUUCUAUAUUAAUGAAAACAAUUUUAAACCAACAUUUACAACUUAUAUUGAUUUUUUUAAUUUUAUUCAUAGAAGUUACCUUCAGAUUUUGAAUCUGUGGAUAAAAUACAGUAUCAGCCAAUCAAUUGAGGACCUGUUAAAUCAGGAUAGAUAAGAUUUCUAUAUAUCUUAAUGUUGAGAAUAAGACCCAGUUAAAGAAAGUAAGAAACAUGCUAAUCAAAUUGAUAAAUCAGAGAUGCCAUAAUAGAUUUAGGUAGUAUAGAUGUUAAGAUAGCAAGUAUCGAAAAUAUUUAAGGGUGAAGUCUAGGCUGUAUUGACUUAAAUCUCAAGUUCUAUUCAUCCUACAAAAAUUCGAUUUCUGGUUGAAGUUAAAGUCAAACAGAUUCUUAGAUGAACUUUGUAAGGAGAAAUAUACUUGUGUAGGUGUAUAUAUUUAAAGACAAAGCCCUGUUUGGGAAUAAUAUCACUAUGUAAGUUUUUACUAUGUUUGUAUUACCUAAGAAUAAGAUUAACAUAAUUAUGAC